AUGGCAUGGUCAAGCACCAAUCACGUAGUGGUUACUAAUCUUUUGGAAUUACCUGGAGAUGGAACUUUCCGUACCACUCUUCUUUUUAGUGUCACUGAUAAAGUUGGUAUUUUAGAUGAAUGUUUAUUAGCUAUUAAGAAACAAAAUAUUUCUUUGACAAGAAUUGAAAGUCGCCCAAGUAAAACACCUGAAUGGGAUUACGAUUUUUUCGUUGAUUUUAAUGUUGAGAAUGCUACUCAACUUUCUAAUAUAGUUUCCGCCCUAAAGAAUGUAACUAAACAAGUAAAAAUUGCUGGUGCUGAAACUACUGAAGCUACUGAAGUUAGCACUCCUUGGUUUCCACGUAAAAAAUCAGAUCUGGACACAUUUGCUGAUAAGGUUUUGGAAAUGGGCGAAGAUCUCGACUCGGAUCAUCCUGGAGCAAAUGAUCCAGAGUAUCGUGUCAGACGUGCACAAAUUACACGUAUUGCAAAAACUCAUAAGAGUGGUCAACCUAUACCAACUGUUGAAUAUACAACUAGAGAAAUUGAAACUUGGGGCGCUGUUUUUCAAUGUACUGGAUUUACUUUAAGACCAGUAAUGGGUUUGCUCACUUCUCGUGAUUUUCUUAACGGUCUUGCUUUUCGUGUUUUUCACUCUACACAAUACAUUCGUCACCAUUCUAAACCAUUCUACACUCCAGAACCUGACGUAUGCCAUGAAUUGCUUGGUCAUGUUCCUUUAUUUUGUGAUCCAGAUUUUGCUGAUUUUUCUCAAGAAAUUGGUCUUGCUUCUUUAGGUGCUAGCGAUAGUGAUAUUGAAAAACUUUCCACAAUAUACUGGUUCACUGUUGAAUUUGGUCUGUGUCGUCAAGAGGGUGGAAUUCGAGCAUAUGGGGCUGGUUUACUAUCGUCAUUUGGUGAAUUAGAAUAUUCUUUAUCAGAUAAGCCAGAAAAAUAUUCGUUUGAUCCAUAUAAAACCGCCACGCAAAAAUAUAUUGUAACUGAAUAUCAAAAAGUUUACUUUGUGGCUGAUUCAUUUAAGGAUGCACAACAAAAGGUUCGUGAAUUUGCAAAAACAAUGAAUAGACGAUUCUCCGUACGUUAUAAUCCAUACACAGAAACUAUAGAAGUAUUAGACAAUAAGGAUAAAAUCUUGAGAUAUGCACAAAAUAUUAAAAGCGAUUUCGUAACUUUUGUUGAUGCGUUGGAAAGAAUAGGUUCAUAA